UUAUAUGUAGUACCACAAUGAUUUGUCUCUACAUUUUAUGAUCUUUGCAGUAGGUAGCUAAAAAUAAAGUUUUCCCGCCAUUUGGGUAGGUACAUUCCGAUUCUGAUCGCGCGUCUUUUGAAACAAAAUUUUCCUUUAAAACUAGGUUAAUUUAUUUUUAAUUUCGUUGCGUUUUAAUAAUAAAGGUGCACUGUGAAUAAUUUUUAUCAAAAUGAGCGAAUGUACAGAUGUUCAGGCCUUGGAAAAAAUUUCAAGUGAAGUAGAUGAGUCACAAGUUAAAAUUAUUUUAUCCAGUCAUUGCAUCAAAGCACAAGCCUUUUUGGUUAAUAAGUUACGAAAACAGUCUGAGCGACAAAAGGAAAUCUGUAUUUUUUUAAGCAAUAGUAAUGUGAAAUUGGAGGCUGAAAUAAAACAAGCCGAACAAGAAAUUGAAAGUUUACGGUCAGCGUAUGAAAGUAUUAGAUCAGCAAAUGUGGACCUCAGAAAAGAACUACUUUUAGCAAAAGAUAACAAAAUUGAAAUUGAGGAUCAUAUUCAACGUGGUGAAAAGAAAUACGAAGAUUUAUGGUUGGAAUGUAAAACCAGAUACGAGGGUAUACCAUAUGUACAAGAACUACUCCAAAAAACAGAAAUUUCUAAAAUAUUGACAGAAAACAUUAGCGCCUUACAAAAUGAGGUUGAAAUCCUAGUUAAGGAAAUUAAUACAAAGAAAACAGAAUUGAUGAAUUUGGAUAAAAAACGAGUAAUAGAACUGGCGAGUUAUUUUGUGACUGAAAUGCCUGUUACACUUAAAAUAAUAGAAGAGAGGUCUCUUGAAAUUAAUAUACUCACACAAGAAUUAGAAAAACUUGGAAAAGUACAAGAAGCAAAAGAAAAUGAAGAAAAAAAUGUCGCAUCUCUUGAAUCAAAGAAAGCAGUUAUACCAGCCGGCGAUCUCAAGAUGUCGAAUUCAGUAGAUAAUUGGCCCAAUUUAUAUUCGAACACCAACGAAUCUUUGCCGAUUCCGGAACUAAAGCUGUUUGCUACAGAUUUUGAUGUACUAAGUGCGAAAUUAGAUGAGAUUAAGAUAAAGAAAGUAGAAAUGCUACAGGCAACUCCUUUAAAGAGGACGGAUACAGAUUUAACAGAGGAAGAGGCAACAGCGCACAAAAAGCCUAAGAAAUCAACAGAAAACCUACCAUACUACUUCAGUAAACCUGUAACGGUCGAGGAAAGUAUUAAUGAUAUUCACGCUAAAUGUAAUUUCGCCAACCGAAAACUUAUAAACAUUCUUGAAGAUAUAACACUUGAUAGUAAUGCCACUUACAAAUUAGUUUCGAAAGUGAAUGCAGACAGUCUUAAAGGUGUUGAGUCUAUUGGGAUUCACGCCUCUGCGACUGACAAGGUGGACACGCCUAUUGACACUGAACAAAUUGAGGAAAUUGACAUAACAGACACUAAUUCUAGAAAUAUUGUGGUACCGCCCACACAAUUCAUGGACUAUACACAGGAAGUCAUCAGGGCUUCACAACACACAGCCGAAUCAGAAAAUAACAAUGCUGUUGGUAUGAAGAAUUCUCAGGAGAAUGUGAAGAAAAGGGUAUCUUUUGAUCUGACCAGCAGUGUGCAAAUUACGUCAAUGGAAGAUGAAGACUGUGACGAGGUACAAAAUGUAGAACCAGAUGCAAACAAAACUGCGAAUAGCGAGCUAGACAUGACUGGAGCUAGCGACGAUGGCUACAAUAAGAUCAGAGAUAUGAUACUAAAAAAACAUAAUCUGGACCUGUCACCCCAGUUUGUGUAUGCUAAAAAUAACACUAUCAAAAUGAGAAGUGAGGAUAGCGUGACAUCGAAAUUUUUCCCGCCGUCUAAGGUUAUAGAUGUUCAAAAUACUGAGGUGCUUCAACAACAAGAAAUUACUGCUAAUAGCAAGAAUAAAGAACUUGACAUGCAAGUGGAAAAUGAAGCAGAAAAUGCUACUGAUAAAGAAAAAGACCCUGCAGUCUCUCAAUCAAAGAUAAAAGCUCAAAAAGUUGAAAAUACCGUCAGUGGUUUUCUUUUCAAACAUGGUAAUCAAGAAAUACCAGAUUCAUUGAAUGUGUCUAUUAGUACUACUGGUUUUGAUGAUGGAGAUGGUGAUUUUCCUCACUGUAUUGAUUCCAGCCUCCUUUUAUCCCCAAAAGCAGAUUUACCAAUGCCAAUGAGUGGUGAUAAUGCAGAAGUAUUGUCUCAGGAAGUUCCUAACUUUUUAUCAGGACUGCGGAAGACAGGAUUAUCCUUUUUCGGAAUGACAUCAGUACAAGAAACAAAUGCAGAUAAUAGUGGACAAAAUUCAUCAAAUAAUUUUAAUUUCAACUUUGGAGGAGAUGAGAAGAAAACUAGAGGCGGCUUAUUUAGUAUGUUCCGUUAA